AUGGGCAGCAAGAAAGUAAUUACAGUGUUUGGAGCAACGGGAGCCCAGGGCGGCUCUGUGGCCAAGGCCAUCUUGGAGAGCAAAAAUUUUGCUGUGAGAGCAGUGACCAGGGACGUGACUCGACCAAAGGCCGUGGCGCUCCGUGACCUUGGAGCGGAGGUGGUGAAAGGUGACCUGAAUGAUGAAGCUUCAGUGGAGGCUGCCUUAAAAGGGGCCUAUGGGGCCUUCCUGGUGACCAACUUCUGGGAACACUUCAGUAUAGAGAAGGAAGUGUGUCAGGGAAAGAUGGUGGCCGACCUCGCCAAGCGCCUGGGCUUGCAGCACGUGGUGUUCAGCGGCCUGGAGAACGUUAGGAAGCUGACUGGUGGCAAGCUGCAAGUGCCACACUUUGAUGGGAAGGGGGAGGUGGAGGAGUAUUUCUGGUCCAUCGGUGUUCCCAUGACCAGCGUCCGUGUGGCAGCUUAUUUCGAAAACUUUCUCACAUCAUGGAAGCCGACGAAAGCCUCUGAUGGAGAUUACUACACUUUGGCACUGCCGAUGGGGGACAUACCCAUGGAUGGCAUCUCUGUGGCUGAUGUUGGAGCAAUUGUCACUAGCAUUUUCAAUUCCCCAAAGGAGUUUUUUGGCAAGGCUGUGGGGCUCAGCGCGGAAGCUCUCACCGUACAGCAGUACGCUGACGUUUUGUCCAAGAUCUUGGGGAAAGACAUCCGAGAUGCAAAGAUCACCCCGGAAGCUUAUGAGAAACUGGGAUCCCCUGUGGCGAAGGAAAUUGCUGACAUGUGUCGUUUCUAUCACAUGAAACCAGACCGCAAUAUCAAACUCACCCACCGGCUAAACCCCAACGUCAAAAGCUUCAGCCAGUUCAUCUUGGAGAACCGGGGAGCCUUCCAGGGCUUAUAA